GGUGACAAACGGUGCAGGUGCAGCAUUUUUCUAGUAGACAGUGUGUGUGAAAGUUAAGUGUGUGGCAGUUUAACUUGUCUUAAUUGUUCGUUUUCAUGAGUAAGUCAAUGUAGGAUCGUGACGUUUAAUAUUCUGACACUCGUAAAACAACUUUUCAUGCAAAAUGUUUCCAGGGUUGCUUUUAAAAAUAGUGCUGUUGUUGUUGCUUACCUUGACUGACAGCUGCUGGGCUUCUUUGCCUCUGGUAAUAAAUACCUGGCAUUUCCAGAAUGCUGCGGCCACAGCAUGGCGCACUCUCCGCUCCGGUGGCUCCGCGCUGGAUGCCGUGGAGAGGGGAUGUGCGCAGUGUGAGAUGGACCAGUGUGAUGGCAGCGUAGGCUUUGGAGGGCACCCUGAUGAGAAUGGGGAGACGACCCUCGAUGCCAUGAUUAUGAAUGGCAAUACGAUGGAAGUGGGGGCAGUGGGAGACCUCAGGCGGAUUAAGAAUGCCAUUGGUGUGGCUCGGGUUGUGAUGGAGAAAACAAAACACACAUUCUUGGUUGGAGAAUCUGCGUCAGUUUUUGCUGAAAACAUGGGCUUCACUGCCGAAGACUUAACAACUAACACAUCACUAGAUACUUUCAAAAACUGGCUGAAUAACAAGUGCCAGCCCAAUUACCGUAAGAAUGUUUCCCCGGACUCUUCAGCAUCAUGUGGGCCUUACAAACCAGGGGCCAUUUCCCAAAAGAAACGGAAAGUAGAGCACCUUGACAUAAGCUCACAUGACACCAUUGGUAUGAUUGUAAUAAACAGCACUGGGAGCAUAGCUGCGGGAACAUCAACCAAUGGCGCAAACCACAAGGUUCCAGGGCGUGUGGGAGAUUCACCGAUCGCUGGAGCAGGAGCCUAUGCUGACAGCACGGCGGGGGGCGCAGCUGCCACAGGGGACGGAGAUGUUAUGAUGCGCUUCCUCCCAAGUUACCUUGCUGUGGAGCUCAUGCGAGUAGGAGUAGACCCAUCCGCAGCUUGUAAAAAAGCUGUCACACGAAUCAAACAGCACGUCCCAGACUUCUUUGGUGCAGUCAUCUGUGCCAAUACCACGGGGGGUUACGGUGCAGCCUGCAAUAAAGCGCCAGGAUUUACCACAUUUUCUUUUAUGGUGUAUAAUUUGCAGUCAAGUGAACCUGUUGAAAGAAAAGUAGAUUGUAUUUAACUAUGUUGACUUAACGGCUAUUGAGUGACAUAGCUGAUCUAUGUCAAGCUGCUGUGCAGGUUGCAAAAUAUUUCUGUGUCUUUUGUCCUGGAGUUUUUCCUCGUGCACUAAAUAUUGAAAUGAUCAAAUGUACAGAAUCAACUGUCAGCUGUGAAUUGCUUCAGCCUCCAAAGGUUGCAAAGUGUUUAUAUACUGAAUAAACUAUAAUUGUACA